UCGCUUUCUCAAGUUUCUCGCUGUGAUUCGUUGGAAGUUGAAAUGGAAUGAACUGAACUCUCGCCGAACUGCUGGAUCUCUCUCAUCUCUAUCGCAACUCUGAAUGAUCACUGAAGUAUUGGCGAAGCAAUUGUUUGAUAUUUCUAUCUUUCUUUGAGGAUUCAAUGGUGUAUUGAUACUUGGAGUUGGAGAUAGCAGAGAGAGCUUUUGGUUAUUGGAAGUUUGAGCGUAAUGGCAACGAAGCUCUCGACGUUGUUUCUGAGCUCUGGCUUUGGUUCUUUGAGUGGAAAAGUAUUGGAUAAUCCACAGUUUCCUUACUCUUCUCGUUGUUUGCUUAAUACUUCAUGUAAAAUGCGGCCUCGCCGUCUCAGUUCUCGACGCAAGAGGAAAUAUUUGAAGAAAGCCUCGUAUGAACAUCUGUCUGUCCAUGCUGAUUUCCAUCCAAAUGAUGAUGAGGACUCUGGCUCUGAAAAUGUGGUGGAGGGAGUUCCAAUUUUAAAUCAGGAGAGCUUGUCUAGUGCUGUUUUUAACACUAGCUCAGCUGUUCAGCAUAACACUGAGAAAGAAACCGGGGAAGUUGACACUGAAGGGCUGAAUAAAGGCGUUCAACUUGAAGAUUUGAUUGGGAUGAUAAAAAGUGCAGAGAAAAAUAUCCUUCUACUUAACCAAGCCCGGGUACGGGCCCUCGAAGAUCUUGAAAAAAUCCUUUCUGAGAAGGAGGAAUUGCAGCGAGAAAUCAAUGGUUUGGAAAUGAGAUUGGCAGAAACUGAUACUCGAAUUGAAGUGGCUGCCCAAGAGAAGGUACAUGUGGAACUUUUGGAAGACCAAUUCGAAGAGUUGCAGAAGCAGCUAAAUUUCAGUAGUGGUACCGUACAGAGCAUGAAUGGAAAUCUGAACGAUAUUCCUAUUGAUUCUCUUACCAAAGAGCUUCAUUUACUGAAAUCAGAAAAUAUUGUCCUAAAGAAUGAUAUACAAACACUCAAGGAAGAGUUGAGCAAUGUUAAGAAUGCUGAUCAACAUCUGGCAUUUUUGGAAAAAGAAAGGUCAGUUUUGGAGUCUUCGCUCAAGGACUUGGAGUCUAAGUUGUCAACCUCUCAGGAAGAUGGUUCAAAAUUGUCUGACCUGAACGCUGAAUGUAUGGACUUAAGGAAUAGAGUAGAACACUUGCAAGUUUUGCUAGAUAAGGCAACCAAGCAGGCAGAUCAAGCUAUUCGUGUUUUGCAACAAAACGAAGAGCUUCAAGAAAAGGUUGAGAAAUUGGAAGAGUCCCUUGAAGAAGCUAACGUCUUCAAAUUAUCUUCUGAAAAGCUUCAGCAGGACAAUGAAUUAAUGCAACAAAAGAUAGAUCUAUUGGAGGAUCGCCUUCAAAGUUCUGACGAGGAAUUACAGUCUUAUAUCAAAUUAUAUCAGGAAUCAGUGAAGGAGUUUCAAGAUACACUCGAUACUAUAAAAAAAGCAAGCAAGAAAACAGCUACAGAUGAGCCUGUAAAUGAUAUGCCUUGGGAGUUUUGGAGCCGUUUAUUGCUAUUGAUAGAUGGUUGGUUACUUGAGGAAAAGAUAUCUGGUGAUGAUGCUAAACUGUUGAAAGAGAUGGCAUGGAAGAGGGAUGCACGUAUUUAUGAUGCUUAUAUGGCUUGCAAGGAAAAAAAUGAACUUGAGGCUGUGGCUUUGUUUCUUAGUUUGACAUCUUCUCAAAAACGUUCGGGACUCUAUGUCAUCCACAUUGCAGCAGAAAUGGCACCAGUCGCUAAGGUUGGUGGUUUGGGUGACGUCAUCACUGGUCUCAGCAAAGCGCUGCAAAGUAGAGGGCACCUUGUGGAAAUUGUUCUUCCUAAAUAUGAUUGCAUGGAGUACAGUCGUAUUAAAGAUUUGAGGCUUUUGGAUGUGGUACUCGAGUCCUACUUUGAUGGGCGGCUGUUCAAAAACAAGAUAUGGGUUGGGACUGUUGAAGGCCUUCCUGUUUACUUUAUCGAACCUCAUCACCCUGAUAAGUUCUUCUGGAGGGCUCAAUAUUAUGGGGAGCAUGAUGACUUCAAACGUUUUUCAUAUUUCAGCCGUGCUGCACUUGAAUUACUUCUUCGGGCUGGCAAGAGACCUGAUAUAAUACAUUGCCACGAUUGGCAAACUGCCUUCAUUGCACCAUUAUAUUGGGAUUUGUAUUACCCGAAGGGAUUGAAUUCUGCAAGAAUAUGUUUUACUUGCCACAACUUCGAGUAUCAGGGAACUGCCCCUGCUUCAGAUUUGGCUUCUUGCGGUCUUGAUGUUGACCAGCUAAACAGACAAGACAGAUUACAGGAUAAUUCUUCUCAUGAAAGGAUCAAUCCUGUAAAGGGAGCAGUUGUGUUCUCUAAUAUAGUCACGACAGUAUCACCUACCUAUGCUCAAGAGGUGCGAAGAGCUGAGGGAGGGCAUGGUCUUCACUCAACGCUUAAUUUUCAUUCUAAAAAGUUCUUUGGCAUUCUCAAUGGAAUCGAUACUGAUGUGUGGAAUCCUUCGACCGAUUCAUUUAUCAAAGUCCAAUAUAAUGCAAAUGAUCUUCAGGGGAAGGCAGAAAAUAAAGACGCUUUAAGAAGGCAUCUAGGGCUGUCAUCUAAUGUCAGAAAACCUCUGGUGGGCUGCAUUACAAGAUUGGUACCCCAAAAGGGUAUACAUCUUAUCAGGUACGCAAUAUACAGAACGUUGGAGCUGGGAGGACAGUUUGUUCUUCUGGGUUCAAGCCCAGUUCCUCAUAUUCAGAGGGAAUUUGAGGAUAUUGCGAAUCACUUCCAGAGUCAUGAUCAAAUUCGGUUGGUGUUGGCUUAUGACGAGUCUCUUUCUCAUUGGAUUUACGCAGCAUCUGAUAUGUUCAUCAUACCGUCUAUCUUUGAGCCAUGUGGCCUCACUCAGAUGAUUGCAAUGCGAUACGGUUCUAUUCCUAUUGUACGGAAAACUGGCGGACUAAAUGACAGUGUCUUUGACGUUGACGAUGAAACAACUCCUACCGAGCUUCAAAAUGGAUAUACGUUUUUAACUCCAGACGAACAGGGGUUGAAUAGUGCACUAGAACGUGCCUUUAGCCACUACUUAAACAACCCAAGUAGUUGGCAGCAGCUGGUUCAGAAGGUCAUGGACGUAGAUUUCAGCUGGGAAACUUCAGCUGCACAGUAUGAGGAACUUUAUUCAAAGUCAGUAGCACGAGCAAGAGCGGUUGCCGCAGGUCGAGCGUAAGGAAACUAAUACUUCUUUACCUUCUUUUUUUUCUGGGCAAUCCUGUUAUCCAUACUCUGAAGUUGCAUGUGAGAUUGCCUAAGCAAUUGUGGUGAAUCCAAUUCUCCUUGGAAACUGAAGUUUAGACCAAUUUGGCGGCUCAAUCAUAUGCUUUUAUGCUAUAUGCUUCCAUGAAACCUCUGAAUUGGUCAAUUGAUAACAUCAUAUUUGUGGCAACGGACGGGACAUUUCAUCCUCCCUUUUAGAGAAAGGAAAGAGCUGUUGCUUGGUUAGCAUAAUGACAAUGGCGGUAAAUCAUACUCAUUGAACAGCUUUCUUGCUAUAAGGCCACGGGAAAGCUGGCCAUUUUUUCUUCUUAUGUGUAGAUAAUAUUUUGUUAAAUAGUGUACUAUACUCGGAAAUUUUAAUUUGAAUAUUGGAAUAUAAUUGUCCCCUUUUUUCACUCUUGUUCGAUUUGACCUGCACCAGCCAUUUUCUCAUUAUUUGGUUGAUUCUUUUUUUCCAGUAGAAUAUAACACAUUAUCUUUACAACAAUAAAUAAUUGUUUUUGUUUUUGUUAGUACUCCAUGAUUAUAUUAUUAUUUUGAGAUUAUCAACAUAUGUAGGGUGGGUGAUUUCAAUUUUGAAUUCUAUCUCUUUGUUAAGAAUGUAUGCUUAAACCAUUUGAGUUGUGUUUAGUUAAUUGAUGUUGGAUAAUUAAAAGUGUACCUUAUAGUUCAUGAAUAAAAAUUAUAUGUAUUUGAGUUAUUAGAAGUGAUAGUAUGGGUGUCUGUUUAGUUUUUAUCUAUAAAAUAAGUAAUGAGUAAUGUCUAUACAAUUAACUAACUUAGUCCAUUCUUUAAAUCAGAAGAAAUGGUUGAACAAACGCAAUUAGCAGCACAAAAGCACUUCAUUCAUUUUCAACUAAUGUACAAUACCACCACAAAUAAUAAUUCAACACCAUAGAAACUCUCUUUAGUCUCUCUCUCUCUCUCUUUCUACGUAUUUCUCACUUUCCAGGAACAAAGUUUGUAGCGUAGGCCCAAGCAUUGUUGUUGACUGGGUCAGCAAGGUGAUCAGCCAAAUUCUCCAAUGGACCCUUUCCAGUAACAAUAGCCUGAACAAAGAAUCCAAACAUGGAGAACAUAGCCAACCUUCCAUUCUUCAGCUCCUUAACCUUCAACUCAGCGAAGGCCUCUGGGUCAUCAGCCAAACCCAAUGGGUCGAAGCUUCCACCUGGGUAGAUGGGGUCAGUCACCUCCCCGAGCGGGCCGCCGGCAAUACGGUAACCCUCGACGGCACCCAUCAACACAACUUGGCAAGCCCAGAUGGCCAAAAUGCUCUGAGCGUGGACCAAGCUGGGGUUGCCCAAGUAGUCGAGCCCACCUUCGCUGAAGAUCUGAGACCCAGCCUUGAACCACACAGCUUCACCGAACUUCACACCAUUGCGAGACAAAAGCUCAGGGAAAACGCACCCCAAAGCUCCAAGCAUGGCCCAUCUGGAGUGGAUCACUUCCAACUCACGGUUCUUGGCGAAGGUCUCGGGAUCAGCUGAAAGUCCAGCAGUGUCCCAUCCGUAGUCACCAGGGAACUCUCCGGUUAGGUAGGAUGGUGGCUCACCAGAGAAUGGGCCCAAGUAUUUGACACGGUCGGGGCCGUACCAUGGGCUGCCGGAGGAAACUGACUUGGUGGCAGUUUUCCUCAUGGUGAUUCUUCCAGUUCCCUGAAUUUCAGGGGCAUUGGGGGAGAGUUUCACGGCUUUGCCGGCCAGAGAUGGGGAGGAAAGAGCCAUUGUAGAAGCAGCCAUUGUUGGAGGUGGUGGAAUAAGGCUUGUGAUCAACGGUGGAAUGUAUUUUGUGGU